CUCCCCGGGGGGACAGCCUUGCAGGGCAGCCCCCGCCGGCUCCUGGAGUCAGGGCCUUCUCCAAACAAUGGGUGGAGAGCAGGAAACGCCGCAUGGGAAACAGGAUUUGGCUCCGCCGCCGCCACCAGCCACGGCCCCUUGGCCCCUUUCCUUUCCCUGCUCCAGAGAGCCCUUCCCACAGCCAGCGGCCACGGGGCUGCACCGAGGGGAUGGGGACGCUGCCGCCCAGGCGGGCUGGGGCGUGAGGCACCUCCUGCCCGGGCUGGGGGUUCAGCAUGGCUCAGAGAACGUUGAGCAUGCAGCCCUAGCCCUGGAGGAGCGGGUGUCUGGCCGCUGAGCAAGCAGGAACGGAGGCAUCUCUCUCUCCGUGCCCAGGCUAUGCACCAGAGAAGGUGGUCCCAGCUGCCCUGGAGGUCAAGCAGCAGCGUGGAGGCAAGAUGGGGGGCACGGGCUGGGGGCAGGGGUCCUGAGGUGCUGCUUACUUGGAGCCCCUAGGCAGCCACGGCCUCCAGCUCUGACCCCCCGUGGCUGGGACAUGCUGGGGAUUUUCUGACCUCCGCCCGAUUCAGAACACACUCCAAGGAUAUGGGACUCCAGAUUUAUCUUCUGCUUCUCCUUCCACGCCUGGCAGGGGCCAUCCUGGACAUCACCCUGAUCGCCAACGUGCAGAGCCUGUCCCACUCCGACUUCUUCCUCUCCUGCGUCACGGGGGAGAGCGACGUGAGCUACCUGCAGAUCGAGCGGGAGAACAAGAUCGUGAUGACCCACCCCAAAACGGGCUUCCAAAACUACCGCAACCGCAGCAACCAAGUGCAGGCCAGGGGCUUCUCCAUGACCGAUCUGGUGGGGAUCUUCUACUGCCUGGGCCGCACCCCGACCGAGCAGGCACAGGUGGUCUACGUGCACAACAGCCACAUUGCUGACCUCUUCCCAGUGAAGGCCACGCAGUCUGUGAAUGUUGCCGAGCCAGCCACCUUCUCUGCCAGGAUCCUCAAGAGGAAGGAGAUGGACCGGUUCCCCCAGAUCAUCCAGCUGGCCUCAGAGCUGGAGUUCAACCUGGGCUCAGAGCCCAUCGUCAGCUGCGUGGCCACUGGCAACCCACUGCCCACCAGUGACAGCGUGGAGCUGCGCAAGGCUGACGGCACCGUGCUCAAGCUCAUCAAGGCCAUCAUCGAGCCGGGACAGAUCACCUGCGAGUUCCAGGUGCGGCACCUGAGGAAGGAGGACACGGGGCUCUGGGAAUGCCGGGUCUCCACAACCGGGGGCCAGGACAGCCGGAAGGUCAAGGUCAACAUCCGAGUGCCACCAGUGCCCCUGAGCCCCCCCCGGCUGCUGGCCAAGCAGAGCCGCCAGCUCGUGGUGUCACCCGUGGACUACUUUUCUGGUGACGGACCCAUCACCUCCAUUAAGCUGUUCUACAAGCCCAAGGAUGACAACUCAGCAUGGUCAUCCAUUGUGGUCGACAACAGCGAGAACAUCACCCUCAUGAACCUCCGGCCGGUGACUGCCUACAUUGUCAGGGUGCAGCUGAGCCGGCCAGGGGCUGGUGGGGAGGGCAGCAAGGGACCUGAAGCCAUCAUGGUGACUGAGUGCCUUGAGCCCACGGUCAAGCCUGUGAUCGAAGGCUGGUCCAUAGAAGAGAAGAACACGCUUCACGUCAACUGGAAGUUGCCAAGUAACCACGAGCCAGCACAUGGCUUCAUAGUCCACCUCUUCGACUCUGCGAGGCGGCUGGUCUCCGAGAAAAACAUCACGUCCAUCUCUGUGCUCUCAGCCCGCAUUGGAGACCUGGAGUUCAACAAGGAGUAUGGGCUGGAGGUGCUGGUGUACCACUGCACCAGCCUGGGGCCGCCCUCUGACCCCUAUAAGGUCAUGAUCAACAGCAAAGGGCCCUCUGCCCCACGGUUGCUCUCGGCAGAGUCCGUGUCCGACGCCGCUGUCAGGCUGUCCUGGCAGGUCCCUGAGUACCCCAACGGGGGCAUCACCAAGUACAUCGUGGAGCUGCAGCAGGUGGGGGGCACCGGCGAACCCCAGUGGAUCGACACCGACAGCGGCGCCGAAACCACCAAGGUCAUUGGGGGCCUCAACGCCAGCACCAGCUACCAGUUCCGUGUCCGUGCCAACUCCCACGUCCCGGGGGAAUGGAGCCAGCCCGUGAAAGCCAAGACCCUGGGAGAUGGAGCGCUGAGCGUGCCGCCCAGCCUGGGCAGCCAGAGCACUGAGCAGGCAGGAAUAGACCAGCAGCUGCUCUUGGCCAUCGUUGGCUCCGUGUCUGUCACCUGCCUCACCAUCCUCUUUGCUCUCCUGGCUCUUUUCCUCAUCAAGAAGAAUUUUUUCCACCGGCGCCGCACCUUUACGUACCAGUCUGGCUCGGGGGAAGAGACCAUCCUGCAGUUCAACUCGGGGACACUGACCCUGACACGCCGGCCCAAGCCGCAGCCUGAGCCGCUCAGCUACCCCAUCCUGGAGUGGGAAGACAUCAAGUUUGAGGACAUGAUCGGAGAGGGCAACUUUGGGCAGGUCAUCAGGGCCAUGAUCAAAAAGGAUGGCCUGAAAAUGAACGCAGCCAUCAAGAUGCUGAAAGAGUUUGCUUCAGAGAAUGACCAUCGGGACUUUGCUGGGGAGCUGGAGGUGCUGUGCAAACUGGGCCACCACCCCAACAUCAUCAACUUGCUGGGUGCCUGCGAGAACAAGGGCUACCUGUACAUCGCCAUUGAGUACGCCCCCUACGGAAACCUCCUCGACUUCCUCCGCAAAAGCCGAGUCUUGGAGACAGACCCAGCCUUUGCCAAGGAGCACGGCACUGCCUCCACACUCACCUCCCAGCAGCUCCUCCAGUUUGCUUCAGAUGUGGCCAAGGGGAUGCAGUACCUGAGCGAGAAGCAGUUCAUUCACAGGGACUUGGCAGCGAGAAACAUCCUGGUGGGAGAAAACCUGGCCUCCAAGAUUGCUGACUUUGGCCUCUCUAGAGGGGAGGAAGUCUAUGUGAAGAAGACAAUGGGCCGUCUGCCAGUUCGCUGGAUGGCCAUCGAGUCCCUGAACUACAGCGUGUACACCACCAAGAGCGACGUGUGGUCAUUCGGCGUCCUGCUCUGGGAGAUCGUCAGCUUGGGGGGGACACCGUACUGCGGGAUGACAUGUGCCGAGCUCUACGAGAAGCUGCCCCAGGGCUACCGCAUGGAGAAGCCGCGUAACUGCGACGACGAGGUGUACGAGCUGAUGCGGCAGUGCUGGCGCGACCGCCCCUACGAGCGCCCACCCUUCGCCCAGAUCUCCAUGCAGCUCAUCCGCAUGCUGGAGGCCAGGAAGGCCUACGUGAACAUGGCCCUGUUUGAGAACUUCACCUAUGCGGGGAUCGAUGCCACGGCUGAGGAGGCGUGAGGCUGCGCUGGCACCGUGCAGAGGGGUGAUGCUGGCACCAGCCUGCAGGGACAGUGCUGUGGGGACAAUGGGCUGCUCAUCCCCCUCCAGGGCCAAGUGGCCAAAUGCUGGUGCCCCUUCCAAGAGCACCUUCCCUGCAGCAGGACUCUGCCAUCCCCUCCUCCCUGGCUGCCCACGCAGCAUGUGCUGGCCACACUGCCGUGGCAUCAGGCACCGACACAGCCCCACGCUGCUGGGGGACACGCUGUGGUGGCCCCCAAGGACAAGCAGCAGCACGGUGCUUGCAGCAGAGUGGGCAGGAGAGGGGCUCUCAGGAGCCUGAGCCCAUGGACACAAAUGCUCAAGCUCUGAGGCAAGAGGGGGAAGCAGCAACCCAGCAUCUGCCCACCCUGCAACUCUCAGUGUGCUCUGGGCCUAAAGUGGUGCCAGCAGGGCUGUGAGCAUUACUGACGGCGUGGGAUGGGGCCACCCUGGUGGGUGCAAAGGGAUGGCUUUGGCUGUGCACAGCCUCCAGCUCUGCAGUGACCCUUUGGAGGUGUCAGCUCUGCCUUACAGACAAUAAACAUCAUGCAACGGG